AUGAAGUCGAUUCUUGCUAUCGCCGCUCUGGCGUCCUCUGCUGUUGCAGCUCCGGCGGGCAUCCCCAGCAUCUCCAGAGUGCCUCUGCCGACUACCUCUGCGCCUUCUGUCCCGUCGAACAUUCCCUCGGGCAUUCCAUCGGGAAUCCCCUCAGGCACCCCCUCCAGCAUCACUGGAGUGUCUGAACUGCCUAAGCUGCCUCGUUCAACUCCCUCUGCGCCCUCCAUCCUGUCAGGCAUCCCAACUCCCUCGACGACUCCUACUCCUGGCAGCAGUGGCCAGCUGCUGACGGACCUCGGCCCCGAAGUGAACGGCGUCUUGACUGUCACUGGCCAGGACUCCAAGCAGCUCCUGAUCCAGCUCAGCCCUGAGGUUGCUGCCCUUCUGAGCGGCCUUGGUCUCCCGAGUGUGGGCACCCCUGUCGGCUCUGUCGUUGCCACUGCCAGCUCUGUCGGUGACCUGCUCAAAGACCUGGGCCCCAAGACACAGGGUCUUCUGACGGUCACUGGCCAAGAUGGCUCCGCCCUCCUCAUCCAGCUCGCUCCUAACGUCGCUGCCCUGGUUUCCGGCCUUGGUCUCCCUAGCGUUGGCGUUCCCGUCGGCGAGGUUGUCGGCACCCUUGGUGCUCACGUCAAGCGCCAGGCUACCAGACAGCUCCUCAACGACGUGGGAAAGCAGGUCAACGGUGUUCUGACCGUGACUGGCCCGGAUGCCAAGAAGCUUCUGAUCCAGCUGAACCCGGAGGUGACUGAACUUCUCAGCGGUCUUGCUCUGCCCGCUGUGGGCGUUCCUGCUGGGUCUGUCGUCGCCAGCGCCAGUUCGGUUGGCGACUUGGUUAAGGACCUGGGCCCUCAGACCGAGGGUCUGUUGACUGUCGUGGGUGACGACGGCAAGGUCCUUCUGAUCCAGCUGUCGCCUGACAUUGCUGGUCUUGUCUCUGGUCUUGGUCUGCCGGGCGUUGGCGUCCCUGUUGGUAACGUUGUGGCCACCCUCGGCAACAACCUCUAA